AUGAAUUCGCUACUUCCAGUUCUAUUAGUAGCUUUAGUUAAUCUCAAUUUCUGUAGUCAAUCCAAUCCUGGUCAUUUGAAGCCGUUUGGUUCAGUUGGAUCAUUAGUUAAUAUUGAAGAAAUUCGUGGAAAUUACGUUGAUGUUUUGAAGCUUUUUACGUAUUACUUGCCCAGAUCUGAACCAAUCGUUUCUCGUCGAGUAUUGAUCAAUGAAGAGUCAUUCUAUAUGUGGAAAACAGAUGAAAAACUUGAGAAUGAAAUUCGUGGAUUAGCAAAAGUAAAUAUUUAUGCCGACUCAUUAAGUAAUUCACAACGAAUACAAAUGAAAUUCGGAGAAUUUCUCGAUAGAUAUCAAAAUGAAGCAUUAUACUUUGCUGAUAAUGUACCUGAUAUUUUCCGAUCACAUCUAACUGUUCCACAGCCUUUACAAUGUCCAGCUGUUUUACCUGUCUUGCAAUCCGCUAUUCUAGUUAUGAAUGGAAUCAAUUCAUCACCAUUGAUGAUCAAUGAAGAAUAUGAUUCAUUGGCUUGUCUGUUUCGAGGAAAUAAACAAUUCGUUCUUGUUAACACAGACAAACAUCCUGAUACACGUCAAAUCGUCAUGACGGACAAUCAACAAGCUGGUGGAUCACAUUUCAAUCCUGACAAAGUGAAUUUCAAUCAGUUCCCUAUGCUGAAAGAUGUCGAUUAUCAUGUUACCAAUUUAACUGCUGGUGACUGUAUAUUUAUUCCUGUUCAUUGGAUCUUUCACGAACGAUCUUUCGAUAGCACGAUAGCUGUGGUAUAUAGUAUUCACCAUAAACAAGCAUUGAAUGUCGAUUUGAAUGAAGUACAAGCUUGUUCGAAUAGUAAUAAGUAUGAUCGAUCAUUUACACUUGAUCAAGUUGAUUUUUCAAGCACUGGAAACGAAGCGCCAAGUUUGAAAGAUGUCAUCAUCAAUUUGGUAAAAUCGAAUUCAAAUACCUACGACAAAUGGUUGGAGACGCUUUCUCGAUACCUCUCAUUUGAUAUGAGUUCGGAUGUUGAAACCGCUGCAAUUUUUGACGAGUUAUACGGAAUUCUUGAUCAUGAUGGAAAUGGUGAGAUCGUAAUGAGCGAGAUUGAUCUCAUCGACGGACCGCAUCAACAUCACCUAUCGGACCUUCUAUAUGAAAUGUUUGAACUAGUUGAUAGAAAACAAAAGAAUAAAUCAACAAAGAAGCCGCCGGCGCAGAAAGAAAUUGAUGAAACGGAUGAACAUUUACAUUUAGAAAAUUAUAAAACUGAUUUGUGA